AACAAAUGCAAAAAACAUGAUCAGUGGUGGUGCCUUGUGGGAGCUUGUUGGCAUUCCCGUGACUGUUCACGCCAAGACAUAAGAACUGCAUAUCGAACACUAACUUAUAGCCCCACCUUCCAAGGUGAACUUGAGGCGGCUGCGGAUAGAUAAUUAAAGAGUUGUGGAAUAACGGAACUGAUAUGAAGGUGUGGAAGAUCACAGCAAGUAUUAACCUAGAGUAAUUUCAAGCAUGAGGCUGACGAGCAACUCUUUGAAUGAUUGAUAAGACAUGGAAGGUUAUAACCUUGAUGAGAUUCAUAUGACUUUGAUGACAUGCUUGCAAAUGUUUCCUUGAAUCAACCACACCCAGUCACAAAGGGAAAAUUUUGAUCUGGGAUUCCACACUAGAUGUACAAUGAUACUGUCCUUCUGGCUUGAAACCUUGGCAAAGAGACGGGUUUUAUCAUCCAAGGUAACAGCAGAAUCAGGAAUUAUGAAGGUAGAUGCCUCAGUAGUUGUUACCGGGUGUCGAGAUCAUGAACUUUGAUACCUUAAUGACUUGGAUAAUUGUGUAGUUAAUGUGGUGGCUGUGAUUGAGUUUUUGCUGCUAAUAUUUGUGAGGUUUGUUUGUUUGUUUUUUUUUUUUUUUUGGAUGAAGACGAAGAUUGAGGUAUUGGUUUGAAAUUGAGAGGAUUAGAAUCUGAGUGGAGUCUGCAGGUGGAAACAGUGUCAUACUUUCAUGUUGAUCAUCUGGGUUUUGACUCAUAUAGUUCUAAUCGAUUUCCCAAGUUAGAGACUUUGAACAGCUGACUUGCUAAAACUUUUUUUUUUUUUUUUCCAAUUUUGGUUGAAUCAUACUUGAAGCUUAUUCAAAUGAGUUGGUCUUCUCAUACAUUGCUAAUGUUCUUUAAAAAAGACAUGGAAGUUGAAAUUUUAUAGUGUUGUACUGUUUUUGGUAAUUCGCUGCUUGCAGACUUCAACAAUACAAAAUGGUUGAAAUGAAACUUCAAGCUCAACAAAUGGAAUUUCUGCAUAUAGAUGGUGUGCCAUGUGGCGGAUGAUAUUCAGGAACCCCCUCAAGAGGAGCCUCAACCGCACUCUGCAGAAGAAGGAGAUGCUAUCCCUGUGCAACCAGAGCAAAGGGAUGCUCUCUCUGACCAAUAAGAGAAAACAGAUACUCUCCCUGUUUACCAAGAGCAAGGUGAUGCUUUCUCUGGGCUUUAGGGUUGUGCAGACUGCUCAAAUUUUGACUACGCUUCCAGGUCACAAGGCUUCUGUUAAUUGCACUCAAUGGCUUCCAAGUAAUAAAUUUGCAUUCAAAGCUAAAGGCUUCGACCGACAUUAUUUGCUCUCUGGAGUUGCUGGGGGUGCCAUUAUUUUAUGGGAGUAUUCUGUUGCUGAAGGAAAGGUGCAAAGGAAGAUGGAAGUAGCUUCCAUUUAUUUCAUAAAACAUGUAAUGCAUAUUCUACUGCAUCAGCGAAGCGUAGCAGGCUUGACAGAGAGCAUGGCUCGAAGUACAGGCUGUUCGUUGGCAUAAGACCGGCAAGAUCAAGGCUAUAAAAAGUGGAGUUCAUCCAGGUGCAUGCGAGAAGAUCAUGGUCCUAUGCUACAUGUUAUUGGGAUCUGCUUCUUUAGAUUUGAAACACCAAUGGGUACGUAAGUAGUGAGUAAACAUAGAAACCACUGAAAAUGCUACAUAUGUUAUUGGGAUCUGCCUCGAAAAACACUGUUGCGGCGGCAUCACCGCAUCAUUAUACUACAUGAGUUCGACUGAUUAGUUUCAAACAUAUGACCUUCGUUCAUAUUCUAUCCAUGGGGUUGGAUCGAAGCAACAUAAAAACAACUGAGCAUUAUCUAUAAGGAUAUACGAGAACUCAGCGAAAAAGUGUACCACAGUUCAAAGGUUAGGACCUCAAAAGUCAAAACUGUGUUUGAAGGUUUUAGGAAAGUUUAGAAGUUUAAAUAAAUUUAGGAAAGUUCCUUUAUUAUUUUCCUUUAAUGGUUUGAGUAGGUUACCUUUGUUAAGUAGAAAUCACGUUUGCUUCUCCAAUUAGAAUUAGGGUAUUGAUUUAUUUGUUUUUUUUAUGUAAUUAUUAUUAAAUAUGAAACCCUGUUUCAUUGCUCUAUAUAAACCAUACUCCUACCCUUACAAUUUAUUCAAGCGACCAAACUACAAUGGUGAAGAGCACAGAGCGCGUCUGCCACUACGAGACCUUAGGCCUCGAACCAAAUUGCUCAGAAAAAGAAAUCAAGGCUGCUCACAGGAAACUAAUCCUCACGUACCAUUGGGACAAAUGUAGAUCAUCCCAAUGCGGCUUGUCCCAAGAAGAAGCCACUGCUAAAUUUUUAGAGGUCCAACAAGCCUACGAAAUCCUUAUGGAUCCCAUAAAGCGAGAAACCUAUAACGCCUACCGCCAGACCUACGCUGUCCCUGAAGUUUUCAACCCCGACCUCGAAGUACCCUUUGACGACAUCGUCUUCAACGGCUACUCCAGCUCCUGCCGCAGCUUCUACAAUGUCUACUCUGACAUUUUUCAAAGGAUUUACGCCAACGAGCGCGCUUUUCAAAAGAAGAACGACCUGCCGUGGAAUUCGGUUCACAAGCCUCCAGACAUGGGCAAUCUCGACACCCCUUAUCCUGAGGUUGUUCAAUUUUACAACUACUGGCUCAACUUUAGUUCCAUAAUGGAUUUCUGCUGGGAGGAUCCACAUGAUGAGUAUGAUCUAAGUCAGAUCUCCCGCAGAGGGGUGAAGGAAUGGUCCAGCAUAAACAUGAAGGCGAGGAAGAAAGCAAAGAAGGAAUACAACAAUAAGGUGCGGAGUUUGACUCAAACUGCGAAAAGGCUCGACAGGAGGGUCAUGCAGAUGGUAGCAAAGAGGGAGGAGGAGAGAAAGAGGGAGAUAGAGGAGGAGAGGGAGAGAAGGAAGCGGUUGAAGAAAGAGAAGUUGGUGAAGGCUAUGGAGUAUGAGGAGCAGGAGUGGACGAAACCGGUUGAGAGGAAGAGAAAAUAUAGUAACAAGGAGGAGGAGGAGGAGGAAAAAGAGAGAGACGAAUGGGAGUGUGUAGUUUGUAGGAAGGUGUUUAGGAGUGAGCGGCAGUGCAGGAAUCAUGAGCAAUCAAAAAAGCAUCUCCGCAUGGUUGCAAAGUUAAUGGAGUUGUUGGAGGUUUUGGAGGAAAAACCAGAUGAAGAAGAGGUUUUGGAGGAAGCAAAAAGGAAUGAGGUGGUUGGAGGGAGUGAUAGCGAAGAGGAGUUUGUUGAUGGUGUUAAUGAUAAUCAGAGGGAAAAGCUUAGUGAAACAGGUGAAGUUGAUGAUGAGGAAGUGGAGGAGGAUGAGAUGGGUGUUCUUGAAGCAAUGGUGGCGAGGCGAAAGACGAUGGAAGAGGUUGGUGAAGAUAUUCUUGAAUCAAUAUUGGUUGAACCCACGGCGACCAGUAGUCAAGAGGUAAACAAUGCUGACGAGGUGGCUAUGGAGCAUGACAAGCUAAAGAAAACCAAUAAGAAUGGAGAAGAUAGGAAACCGAGGAGGAGAAGAGCCAAGAGUACUAGAAAUAACGAACAUGAUGGUUCAAAUAUGAAGGAAUCCAAACCUGAUUGUAACGCAGAAAAAGGAUAUGAUGAGGAUCAGAUCAAGAAAAUGAAGGGUGGAGGGAGGAAAGAGAGGAGCGGUAAGAAGAGUAACGGUAAAGGAGAUAUUGAGCAGAAGAAAAUGAGAAGUGGAGGAAGGAGGGAAGAGAAGAAGGCUAAGAAUAGAAAUGGUGGAGAAAGAAGAAUUAAUGAGCAUGGUACAUCCUAUUUUUCUGCUGUGAAUGAGAGUUAUCUGAACAUGUUACAUCUGAUAUUCAUAUAAGGUAAAGGAGAUGAAAAUUAUACGGAGGGAAAUAUGAAGAAAGAGGCCGCCAAAAAACAAAUCGAAGACCUACUGCGCACAUAUACAUACAACGUAUAGUAUUGAUCAAGACAGAAAAUAUCUUCUUUUUUGGGUCUGCAGAUUACACCGGAGGC